AUGAAACUUAAAUUGCUAAUAAUUACCUUGAGCUUGAUGUUUUCAAAUGAAUAAGCCUGCCCUUAAGGAUAAGGAUUUGACCCUUACUAAAAUCUAUGUUUUAAGUGCUCUUAAAAUUGCUAAAGUUGCUAAUUAGGAUUGAACCCUUCUUCUAACUUAUAUUCAGAAUAAUAUUAAACUUGCUAGCAAUGCUCAACUGCUUUUUAUCUAAGCGAAGAUUAUGAAAGCUGUCUAAGCGAAUGCUAAUAUUAUUUUGACCCAUUACAAAACUAGUGCUAAUAGUGCUAAUUAGAGGGAUGUCUUCUGUGCACUACUUAAAAUACUUGCAAAGUAUGUAAAGAAAACUUUUAACUAACAGAUGGAAUAUGCAUCUCUGAUUGUUUAGGCUAGUCGAAAUUCCUAAUUUAAAAUAGCCAGUGUACCUUUUAAUGCGGAUUAGGACAAACAAAAAAUGACCAGUUUUCAACAUGCUAAAUAAUAAACAAAUGCCCUAUAUAAUAAUCUGAAAGCAAUUAUUGUCAUACAUACUAAGUAAUAUAAACGUAGACUAUUUUAUCAAUUGAAAAAUAUAUUGAUAACAACUAAUAAGAAAUAAUGGUCACUUACGAUAAUAUAGGAAAUAUCAAGUUUUGGAGAUAUAUUACACCAGUGAUAAAUUUCCUUUCAGAGAUUAAACCAACUUUAAGUAAUCCUAAUAACUCAUUGUUUUGUAAAUUAUCUCAAAAGUAAUUCUAUCUCUGUAUGUACCCUAAAUAUAUUUAGGCAUUUGACCUAAAAUCACCACAAAUAUAGGAAAUACAUGCUCUAUAAUAGUCAUCUAAAGGUACACUGUCUUUUUUUGACUUUGCUUCUUAUAAUGGAAUGGAUUAUAUUUGCAUAAAAAGUGAAUAAAAUGUACUACUUUUUAAAGUAAUAAAUAUUUUUAAUAAUAACUCUUCUUUGGAUUGGUCUCAAAACUAUAUACAGUUCCAAGCAGAUAGUAGCUACUAUAUAUGCAUUGUAUAAUUUAGUUAAGAGAUUUUAAUAUACAAAUCAGCAGAAAAAUGGAUCGAUAGCAGUGGUAAAACUUAAAUUGGAGUUUUAUAUAAGCAAUAAUUACCUAUAUGCUAUCUUUAUAACAAGUAUAAUGCAAUAUCUAGAGCCACUUAAAAAAUAUACAUCUUAACUGGAGCAAAUAACUAUGCUAUUCUAAUCCUGAAUGAAAAAUCUGUUUAAAGCUGUUAAGAAUUUAUCAUCUAAAAUAUGGAUACAAACAAUUACUUGGUAAGCUUUCUUUCUUCUGAGACUAAACUCAUGCUUAUUUUACAGAAUUAAAAAGUUUCUUAUAAUAAUUUAUCUUAUAAAUUAUUCAACAUUACUUCAAACACAAAUGGCAAUAAUUCUAUUAGCGAAGUAGUAAGUUUUAAUAUGCGUAUUGUAGAUAAAGAUAUUGUUAUUACUACUGAUGAAAAUAAUAUUGCUUCAGUAAUCUUGAAUGAUAACUAAAGCUAUAAAAUAGAUAAAUAAACUAUUUGCAAGAAAUAAAGCUAUCCAAAUUAACAUGAAGGAUCCUUUAGUUCAAAUACUUAUGAUUCUUAAGGAAAAAAAUAUGCCUUGCAAGGAUUUCAAUUAACCUAUCAAUUGAGAGACAUGAGAAAUGGAGAUAUAAUUUUGAACACUAAUUUCAUUUAAUUAUAUUAACCUUUACAAAAUAAAUUAAAAAAUAGAGUAUAUCUUUUUUAGUUUGGAGGAAUUUUAAUAAUAGACUUUAGUAAAGACCCUUAAAAUGAAUCAGAGUUUAUAACUUAAGUAGCUAUGCCAAGAGCAUUUUCAAAUGGUAUUCCCUUUUUUGAUAGCGAUGAAAAUUUUUAUGUCUACAAUUUCGACGACAUAAAUUGGAAAUCAGUUGUAGCAUAUACAUCAAAUGGAUAAAUUAUAAAAGAAAUACCUGCCAGGUUAGAUCUAACAUAUAGUUAGGUUUAUAGAUUUUUUGAUUAAGUUAAAAAAAUUGUAUGUCUCGUAGAUUAAAUGGAUGCAACACUUUCUUACUUUGACUUCAUAAAUUUGACAACUUAUGAUUUUAAGCUUUUUAAUGGUCAAUAAGCAGAAAAUAUUCUUUAUGCUUAUUAAAUUAACGAUGCAAAUAUAAUAUGCAUAACAACAAAUAAUAUGUUUAUUAUAGAUUUUUUAGAUAAUAACUUAAAUUCCUUGUAAGUUUAAUACUCUGCCUAUGGAAAGGUUAUUUACUAAAUUGUUUAUGGUGAUUUUAUUUUAGCUUCAUAUGAUUUAAACAAGAUCUAAAUUAUACACUAUCCAUCAUCUUCUGAGUCAAUUAUAUAAUGCUCUUAGUCAGUUAGCUAAAUAAUAACAUUUUAUGAUUAAAUACAUUUUGGAUUCCUUUAAGGAUUAAAUUUGAAGGUUUAUUCUUUAUCUUAAAAUCAAAUUAAAUAAGUAUUUUAGAUAUACUUACCUUUUCUAUCAUGUUAAUAGUAAACUAUUUAAUAUUUCUCUGAUAGCUACUUAGACGAAAAGGCCCUACUUCUAGAUUAAGAUAAUUCUGGAAUCUGCAACAUUUAUGGUAAUGAAGGAUAUAACAAUUCUUAGGUUCAAAUGAAAGUACCUGGAUAAAUGUAUCUUGAUUAUAUAUCACUUUCAAAGCUAAAUUUUAUCAAUUUAGCCUCUUUUAUUGAUAUAUCUCUAGAUAUAAUAUAUCUUGUUUUAAGGGAUUCAUAAAAUAAUAUGUUUUUAUGUUCAACUUUAUAUAAAUCGCAGCUAAAAAUUAAUAUUAUAGCAUAAAUUAACUAACCAACUCUUACAAAUGUUCAAGGUAUUUUAUCAUAUGGAAACUAUUAAACAAUAUAUUAUGAUAAUGGUUUUAUAAUUUAUAAGAAUGAGUCUAUACUUUAAAUGAUUGAUAAUAUACCUUCUUAAAUUAAUCAGUUUAUAGUUGAUUUCUAAGAAGAUACUUUAGUUAUAUCAAAUUCAUUCUGCUAAUGGUUCAUUUUUUAGUUUUCUACUGGUUAAUUUAUGUAUGAAAUGCCUCAAGAUCCAAAUUAUGAUCCUAUUCUAAAAUGUACCUCAUCUUUUGAUAGAGUUAACAAAAAUAUUUUGUUGAAAUAAACUACAUAAAUAACAAGCUUUUCAUACAGCUAAAAUAAAACUAAUUGGUUUUUAACAACUAAAACAUUAGGAAAUUCUCGUAUGGUAAGCUUAUAUAGUUUGGAUUAGUUAAACUUGUUUUAUUUAGUAACAAAUCCAUGUAUCGCUGUAGUAUAUACUGCACCAUCUUUUAAAAAAUUUAAUUACUUUGCUAUAGUAUUCUAAACUGUAACAUUUGUUAAAUAAUUCUAUGAUAGCUAUAAUUAAAGAAUUAUUUUAUCAUUCAUAAAUAAUAUUGAUAUCGAUCAACUUUCUUAUUACGACUACCCAUUAAAUUUAAUUGUAGCACCUAACUAAAAGUUAUUAAUUUAAAUAAUGUAUCUUGACGAUUAAUAUACAACUUCGGCUUCUCAGGUUAGAUCAAUAGACAUCUCUUAGUACUCCUAAACCUUUUCAUAAUAUAACUAGUAAACUAAAUUUACUAUUAUUGAAGAUUUUUAAAAGGAUAUACUUAUUAUAGUAUUUGCAGAUAAUGUGUUCUUUAUUUAAAUUUCAUAAACUUAAAUAAUUCAUUAUCUCAACUUUUAAGAAAAUCUAAGCUAAUCCUAAGAUGGCGGAUAAAUUAUAUCUAUAAGCCUUGAUAAACAAAGCAAUAUACUUACAUGCAUCACAUAAGAAAAUAUCAUAAUUUAUGAUUACUCUUCAAUUACUUUCUAUGAUUAUUAGAAUUUUUAUUUAGGUCCUCAAAAUGCAGAUUUAAUUAGUUAUAUCCCAUAAGCAAUGAACUAAAACGAUAAUUUAACUGUAUUUGCAAGAGAAUUCAAUUACAAUUAAAUUUCUUUUUAUUAAAUCUCUUUGUAAAAUUAAACAAUAACACCAUCUUUAAGCUUCGAUGUGACUCUAGACUAAGAUUUAUAAUUUACAUUAAAAGGAGGACCACUUGGACAAAUAUCAAAUAUAAAUAAUAGCACUAAGUAUAAUUAUAGAAUUAUACAAAUUUUAAAAUAAGCUACAAAUGAUACAAGAAUUAAGCUUCUUCCCUGUUCUGCUACUUUAAAACACAAUAACUUCUACUUUAUAUCUAUAAAUUAUAGACUAUGA